AUGGCACUUCUAAUUCUUGUCUUGUUUGUGGUGCAUGCCUCAUCAACCAAAGCACCAAGUACCUGCAAAACUAUGUAUGAAUCUUACCAGGUCUGGUCUCCAGGUGAUAUCAUGAUUGGAGGUCUCUUCCCAGUACAUGUGAAGAUUGUAAAUGAACUGGAUGCCAAAAAACCAGAGGGUCAAACUUGCAAAGGGUUUGACGUGCGAGGUCUGGUGAAAAUUCUUGCCAUGAUCCACUCCAUAGAGAUGAUAAACAAUUCGACUCUGUUACCUGGAAUCAAACUAGGAUACAAAAUAUAUGACACCUGUACAGAACCCACAAUGGCAUUGAGGGCAGUCCUGAAGUUCCUUUCCAAAGCCAACUCUUCAGAUAACUGCGUUGAAGUUCACUGCAAUUAUACCGCUUACCUGCCAGCGGUUAAGGCAGUUAUUGGAGCUGCUACAUCAGAAGUUAGCAUUUCAGUGGCACGGUUACUGAACAUAAACCUUAUGCCUCAGAUCAGCUACUCGGCUUCGGCUAGAAUUCUGAGCGAUAAGACUCGAUUCCCGGCAUUCCUGAGAACUAUUCCGAGCGACGCCUUUCAGAGUAAAGCCAUGGCCCGUUUGGUUCACAAAUUUGGUUGGAACUGGGUGGGAGCGAUUGCAAGUGACGAUGACUACAGCCGCUCAGGGAUAGACGGCUUCAUUUCCGAGGCAGAGAAACUGGGUAUAUGCAUCGCUUUCCAUGAGAUUAUUCCAUUUUACUCGUCUGAUCAGGUAACAACUUCCAGGAUAAGAGAAGUAGCAAGCACCAUCAUCAACCAGACACGGGCGAAUAUCAUCAUUAUGUUCGCUAGAGCGUCUCAUGUCGUCGAGCUAUUCGAAAUAUUAAGUGUUCACAACCUGAAGAAAAUCUGGAUUGCCAGUGACAGCUGGUCAAGUAACAAUAACAUCACUCGCCUGGAAAAAGUUCAUAACAUUGGGGAUAUUGUGGGAUUUUCAUUUCAAAAAGGGAAUAUCUCAAAGUUUGAAAAAUAUGUGAAAAAUUUGUCACUUAGUUUGACACAUCCAAACACCUUUCUAAAGAAAUAUUCCAUGCUUUACAACUCUUGUCAGGGCAAUCAAAAUAACGAUAUAGAUACUUGUAUUUCAGAUGAGAGAUUUCAGAAUGGUGAUGCUGUCACCAAUGAUAUGACAUUGCAAUCCCAGCAAAAUGACUUCCUUCUGAGAAACAUUGAACCAGGUGUUACUUCAAGCAUACAGUGGUCAGUUGUUGCUCUUGCACACGCACUCCACGCUCUCCUUCAAUGCGAUGAAGGAACUUGCCAACGGUCAUUAGAUUUUGCACCUUGGGAGCUAUUGGACUCAUUGAAGAAAGUGAACGUAACUGAAGAUGGCAGUAGAAUCCACUUUAAUACUUCGGGAGAUUUUAUCUCUGGAUAUGAUAUCGUCCUGUGGAAAUCAAUCAAUGGAAAGAUGUCAUUUAAUAACACAGUUGGAGAGUAUGAUAUCGAGAAGGAUAAACUUAUAAUUAGGAAUCCACAGUUCAAUAUUUUAAAGAAUGUGACAUCAAUAUGUUCGAACCCCUGCCAACCUGGGCAGCUAAAACUGUCUUCUGAAGGCCAACACACAUGCUGUUACAACUGUAAAAACUGCAGUGUCGAUACAUUCUCGAAUACAACUGAUGCACAGGAAUGCUUUUAUUGCCAAGAAGAUGAGUGGGCUCCAUCGGGAAGUGCUUCGUGCAACAAAAAAUCCAUCGUAUUUCUUGAGCGGAGGAAUGCGUUUUCUAUAGUCUUGCUGGUACUUUCAGCACUGGGAAUAGUUUUAAGCUUAGUAAUAGUUGUUAUCUUCAUCAAGAAUAUUGACACGCCAGCCGUUAAGUCCAAUGGCGGUAACCUAUCACUCAUAAUGCUCUCCUCUUUGAUGCUCAGUUUUGCAAGUGUUUACUUCUUUCUUGGAAGGCCGAGCGACGUCACGUGCAAAAUUAGGCAGUGCUUAUUUGGCAUCAGUUUCACUCUCUCUGUUUCAUGUGCUCUGACAAAGUCACUCGCAAUACUAUUAGCAUUUAACUUUAACCCGGCCAAUCAAGAUUAUUUGAAAACUCUCUACAAUCCAUGGCUCAUCAUAAGUUUCUGUACAGGACUUCAGGUUAUUACUUGUGUAAUGUGGUUAAUCUUUAAUGGUCCUCUGGCUUUCCGGGAUGUUAACAGACACCCCAGAGAAAUCUUGUUGGAAUGUAACGAGGGUUCUUAUGUAGCAUUUGCAGUUAUGUUGGGGUACAUAGCAUUUCUGGCACUGAUUUGCUUUAUAUUUGCCUUUAAAGGUAGAAAACUACCAGAAAAUUAUAAUGAGGCCAAGUUUAUUACAUUCAGCAUGUUAAUAUACUUCAUUUCGUGGAUUACGUUUGUACCUGUCUAUGUCACCACUAAAGGUCAGUUUCUCCCUGCAGUGGAAGUGGUUACAAUUCUAUCUUCAACCUAUGGAAUAUUGUGCUGCCAAUUUUUCCCGAAAUGUUACAUUAUUUUGUUUAAGAAAGAAAAUAACACCAAGAGUUCAUUUUUGAAAAAUCUCUGUGACUACUCCAUGAAAAAUGUAAAAGAUAUUUCAAACAAUGUGACUUCCUCAAAAUCUUUACCUAGCUUUCUUCCCCCCUUGUGCCUGGAAAAUAACAGCUCACAAACCCCAGUAAUAAACUCAAGUUCUAUUUCCUUCAACAAUAACAACAAAAGCAAUCGGGUUUCAAGGAAGAGAUUUGCCAGUAUGUAA